UGUCAUAGUUUUCAAAUUAAUCGACUAUAUUAUAAAAAAUUAAAUGGAAUAUAUAAAUUAAUAUUUGGUCGAUAAAACAAUGACAGAAAUGGAGCAAGCCCAACAGAUUUUGCUAGAACUUGAAGCUGCUGGCAGUGUGAUGCUUGCAUCGCCUUCACUUGUCACUAAUGAACAACGUAAUGCUGCCGAAACAGUAUUUAUGAAUUUCCGCAAAACCAAUAUGCCUUAUUCAAUAUGUCGAUAUAUUCUUGAUUGCAGUAAAGUAGAUUUUGUUUUAUUUGAAACUGCUGGUACAUUAAGAGAUGCACUUAUUAGAGAUUGGUUAUUGCUAUCACAGGACCAAAAAAAUGAACUUAGGCAGUAUUUAUUCCAAUUCAUUAUGCGUGAUGGUAAUAUAGCUGCUUUUGUAAGAGAACGAAUACUACAGGUGAUUGCAAUUAUGAUUAAAAGAGGAAGUGUUGAAGAUGGUGGCCAAGAAAGAAGUAAUAUUUUGGAUGAAGUAGAAAAACUAAUUUUUAAUGGUGAUUUAAGAAAGCAAAUUUUAGGUUGUUCUAUAGUUUUAGCACUAAUGCAAGAAUAUUCUACCACUGUUAAAUCUACAGAUGUGGGAUUAACUUGGGAAUCUCAUUAUUCUGCCAAAAAAGAAUUCGAGGCUAGAGACUUAAGACGUAUUUUUAUAUUUAGUACACAUGCAUUGAAUGAAAUACAAAAACUUUCCCACCAAUUAUCACCUGAUGUAUUAACUGUUCUUAAACAUUUAUUGAAUAUAUGUGAAUCUGUUCUAGUGUGGGGUUUUAUUUCUAAAACUAUGCCCAAAUAUUUAAUUGGAAUGUUUGAGGGAAUAUAUAACUCUGAAAAUAGCCCUACUUUGAAGCUUGGAUCAGAUUGGAAGGAAAUAAUAACAAAUCCAAGCACUAUUGAUUUAUAUUUUCAUAUUUAUUGGAUUGUAAGGGAUAACCCUCAAUUUUCACAUCAUUGUUUGAAUUGUCUUGUACAAUUAUCUUCUAUAAAUGGAAAUAUAUGGACGGACAUUAGUGAACGUAUGAACUAUAUGAAAAACUAUCUUGAGAAUUUUAUUAAAUUAGUAUCUACAGUAAAAAUUUUAGAUCGUGAAUCAAUUGGAAUUUCUACUAUCAUAAAAAGAAUAAUUAAUGGUUAUAACCCUUCAGGUUUUAGUCAAUUUCCAUCAGAUCUUGUUAAACAAUUUUUAGAAAAUACAACUUUACUUACUUGUCAGUUCGCCGAAGGUGCUGCAAGUGAAGAAAAACUGUGUCAAGACGAUCAAAUGUUUUUUGAAGCAUUCAAUAAUAUCUUACGUCCGUGGGUAUCUAUUAUUGCAAACAGUAAUCAAUCUUUUCCAGAAGAGUUAUGUAAAAAUGCAUCUAUUCAAAUUUUUAAUACUUAUUUAAAAUGUCAUAUAUCACCACCAUAUGGUACAAAGACUUCAAUUGAUGUUGAAUUUAAUGAGAAUGAAGAAGAAGAUCGUAUCGCCAAUAAAGAACAACUUCAAUACAUUGGAAUAUUUGGUAGACUUAUUCCAGAACAUACUUUACCUCUUUUAGUAAAUUUAAUAGAAGGUGAAAUUAAAAACAUGCGAACAAUAAUUGAACAUGUACAUAGUGGAAAUUGUCAAUGGUCUGAAUCAUUUCAGCAAAAAAUUAAUACUAUUCAUGAAAACAUUCAUUGGAUGUUUCUUAUAGCUGGCCAUAUACUUACCGUAGAUAGUGAGGGAGAACCUAGUAUGAUUCCUUCAGAAAUAAUGCAUCAUAGUAUUAAGCAAAGUAAAAAAGUCAACAUUGAUAUGACUUUGAAAUUUCUUAAUAACCAAAUGUUAGUUAUGGAUAUACCUGGGUCAGAAGAAUCUGUGGAUGAUGUUAUCAAAUUAGUAUCUAUUGCCUUUCAUUUAUGUGAAUUAGAAAAAAAAUUAAUAGAAGCAAAAAUGGAAAGUCUUUGCAGUCCAUUGUUAAGUGGUACUAUAGUAUGGUUCUUACGUGAGUUUUCUCAAGCUUAUUUGAUGCCUAACGAGACCUAUUAUAAUGAGCUUAGUAUGCCAUUAUUGCAAGCAUUUGGUCAACAUACUGAAGCUGCUAAUUGGGUUUUAAAUUAUUUGCUUAAUAAAGUUGAACAUAACAUUAGAUCGCCUUUGUAUGUUGAUGUAAGUCUUAUUGAAGAUACAAUUGGAUUGUUGAUGUCUUUGGUAGACAUGAGACACAAAGCUGAAAUUGUUAUCAAUUGUGAAGGAUUUUGGAAAUUAUUUCAACUUCAAGAUCAUAUUCGCAAAGACCAAUUAGUUCCAGAAGUAAAAGAAGGAUUAUUCAAAGCAUUUUCUUUAGCUGCAGAUGCCUUUAUUGGAAAAGAUAAGCAAAAUGAGUAUUGGUUACGCGUCAUUACUCCAACAAUAGACAAAUUUAGAAAGAUUAUAACUGAUGACAAUUUUAGAAAAGUAUACAAUGAUGAUGAAGUCAGAUUAGAAAUAAUGGAUAUACUUCAUAAAUGUAUUGGUCUGGCUAGUGGUGCAGUUAUAAAUACUACAUCAACUAUUUUUUCUAUUUUGCAUCCAACACUGAACGAUUUUUCUGCAUUAAUUGGCCUAUAUCAUAAUUAUCAAAAUAUUGUCCACUUAAUUAUUCUCCUAUUUGUUGAAUUUUCCAAGAAAAUGUUGUGUUUUCUUAGAAUGGAAGAAAGUGAUAGAUUUUACAUGUCAUGUUAUCAAAUGGUGGAUAUGUAUGCUCGCUACAAUAUUAAUCGAGUAUCUUUGGAUUCUGAUGCGGAAGAUCAAUGUUAUCAAGAUCUUUUUAUAUUUUUAGAACUUUUAACUCAUAUAAUGUCUAAGGAGGUUUUAGAUUUAAGUUCUGAUGUAGGAAAAAGCAUUACUGGGAAAACUGCUGGAGAUGUUUGUGUUUAUGGACUUCAAGUAAUUUUGCCAUUGAUGACCAUAGACCUCUUAAAAUUGCCUGGUUUAUGUUCACAAUACUACAAAUUUACUGGAUAUAUGUGUGAAAUGGUACCAUUGAAAUUAUGUAUUGAAAGUGUGGAAAUAUUUAAGGGUGUUUUAACUACAAUUGAACUAGGGCUGACUAUGUUUGGGCAUGAAAUCACUUCAUUGUGUACUGAUUUUUUACAAUCAGCUGCUUCAUUUUUAUAUCGACAGGAAAACUGUAUUAUGCAUGAAGCAUAUCAUUUAUUAAAACCAUUUUUAAAAUUUUUAAUGGAACUUAUACUGUCCUGUCAAAUAAGUUCUGAUGCACUUUCAAGUACUGGUCACGCACUUUAUACAUUAAUAUGUUGUUAUCCAGAAGAAUUUCAGCAAAUAUCAAUGCAACUGAUCAAUAAUCAAACUGAUGUGCAAAUAAUUGAUCGACUUCGAAAUGCUUUUACUUUGUUGACUACCAAUAUAGAUUUUAACGGACAACAUUUAAUGAAAUGCCGUUUUAAAAAUAAUUUUGAUAGCUUUACUACAAACAUACGUGGGUUCCUAUUUGUUAAAUAAUAGAACUUAUUAUUA